CCGCCCGCCGCCCCGCCCGGCCCGGCCCGGUUUCGGUUUCGUUUCUGCUGCGGAGCGGAGCGGGGCGGGAUGUCGUCGUCGUCGUCGUCGUCGUCGUCGGUGCUGGAGGUGCUGGGAGCCCCCCCGGAGCUGCCCGAGGAGCUGCUGCUGCUCUACUUCGAGAGCCGCCGCUCGGGGGGGGGCCCGGUGCGGAGCUGCCGCCGCUGCGGCACCCGCCUGCUCCUGACCUUCGAGAGCCCCCAGGAUGCGGAGCGGGUGCUGCGCCGGGACGGGCACCGGGUGCAGGGCGCGGAGCUGCUGGUGCGCCCCGCCGCCCCGUGGGACCCCGCCGCCGUGCUCUUCCGGGGGCUGGACCCGCGCACCCCCCCCGGGCUGCUGGAGCUGUACGUGGAGGAGGCGCUGAGCCGCGGCAGCGGCAGCUACCGCCUCGAGCGCGGCCCCGCGCGGGACCAGGCGCUGGUGCGGCUGCGGGAGCCGCUGGGCGACGCAGAGUUUGCGGCGGCGGCGGAGCGCGUGCGGCGGCGGGGGCCGGAGGGGGCGGCCGUGGCGGUGGAGCGGGUGCCGCAGGCGGACAGCGUGGUGGUGCGCGGCGCGGCGCCCGGCUCGCUGAGCCGCGACCUGCUGGAGCUCUACUUCGAGAGCCGGCGGAGCGGCGGCGGCAGCGUGCGCGGCGUGCGGCUGCUGCCGGGGCGCAGCCUGGCCGUGGUGGCCUUCCAGGAGCCGGCAGCCGCCGCGCGGGUGCUGCAGCAGCCCCACCGGCUGCGGGACGUCGAGCUGGAGGUCUCGCCCUACCACGAGGUCCUGGAGCCGCUGCAGGAGGCCGCCGUGCCCGAGCCGGAGCUGGAGCCCGCGGGCGCGCUGCCGGAGCUGGAGCCAGCACCGGAGCCGGCCGGCACCGGGGAGGUCCAUGCGGAUGUGGCGGACGCGGCGCCGCGGCGGCGGCUGCCGGCGGAGAGCGGGGGGAUGCUCCCGGCCGUCCCGCGGGACGAGGCGCUGGUGGCCCUGGAGCCGGGCGUGCUGCGCUUCCUGCAGCGGCACUACCAGGAGCUGCUGGCCGGCAUCGCCGAGGUCUCCCUGCUGCCGCUGGAGGGCUCCGACGUCGCGGGUUUCCGGCUGAGCGGGGAGGCGGGCGCCUGCGGGGCCGCCGCCGAGUUCCUGCAGAGCCUCGCGGGCACCGUGGCCUCGCAGACGGUGACGCUGCGCUACCCCGGCGUCGCCCGCUUCCUGCUGGACGAGGGCGGGCGGAGCAUCGUCGGCGAGCUGGAGAGCCGCUUCCAGUGCGUCCUCGACCUGGGCAAGGUGGCCUGGAGCCCGCCGGACGCCCAGCCCGAGCUGCCUGAGCUGCUCCCCGAGGAUGGCCCCUGGGACUGCCCGCCCGCCGCGCCGGGCUCCGGGUACCGGGAGCUGCCCGACGGCACCGACGGAGACGAGCAGCCCCCGAGCAUGGAGGAGAUCAGGGAGCUGCUGGCGGCCCUGCGCACGGACGACGACGGCGGAGCCGCGGGCGACGGGGAACCGCCGCCUGCCCUCGACGAGGCCGCCCCGGGCUGGAGCGGGGCCUCCUCCGACAGCGAGGAGGAUCCGUCCGGCGAGCCCGAGCCCGGCUCAACGGUGCCGGGGGAGCCGUGGGGCCCAGCCGACGGGGGCGACGCCGCAGAGCAGGAGGAGGAGGAGGAGGAGGAGGAGGAGGCGGCGGCGAUGCUGCUGGCCAUCCAGCGGUCCAUGGAGAGCACCGGGCGCGAGGAGGAGGAGCUGCAGCGCGCCACGCGGCUCUCGCUGCGCUCCUACGAGCGGGAGCGACGGGCCGCCGCCGCCGAGGACCCCGGCCUCCGCGCCGCCCUGGAGGCCUCCCUGGAGGAGGCUCUGCCGGCGGCGGACGCCGCCCGGGUGACGCUGUACGCGGCCUUCGAGCGGGACGUGAGCGCGCUGCCCCGGCAGCUGGAGCGGGCGCUGGAGGCGCGGCUGCGCGCCGAGGAGGUGCAGAGCCCGCGGCUGCGGGCGCUGCCGGCCGCCUGCCGCCGGUACCUGGCCCAGGUGCGGUGCGCCCACGCCGUGCACCUCCGCCUGCGCGCCGGCACCGCCACGCUGCACGGCUUCGCCGACUACGCCGCCGCCGCCGCCCGCGACCUCCGCCGGCUCCUGGCCCGGCUGCCACCGGCCGAGCCGCCCCCGCCGGGCUCGGCGCGCUGGGUGCGCUGGGACGCCGGCGGCACCGCCGUGCCCUACGCCGCCCCGGCCGCCACGCUGCUGGAGCGGGCCUGGCGCCGCCGGCAGCGGCGGCUGGACGUGCUCUUCGACGGCCGGCCCGUCGCCAUCGACCUGGAGCGCAUGGAGGAGUACGACGUCGGCGCCGCCCGCGCCCUGGCCAUCUCCCGCAGCGAGCCGCCGGCGGACGGCGCCCGGCGCAGCCUCCUCGGGCCGGAGGAGGCAGACCUGGACGAGGCGGUGAAGCUGAUGCCGCUGGCGGAGGACUCGGAGGAGUUCGGCGAGGCCGUGCACCACUUCUGCGCCACCCUGGGGGACUCGCGCGGCAAGAUCCGCGUGACGAAGGUGGAGAAGCUGAUCCACCCGCUGCUCUACAAGCAGUACCAGCUGAAGAAGGCCUGCAUGGAGAAGACGUGCAGCGCCCGCAGCGUGGAGCGCGUCCUCUUCCACGGCACCACGGAGCAGUCCAGCCGCGAGAUCUGCCUGCACGGCUUCAACCGCAGCUUCUGCGGCAAGAACGCCACGCUCUACGGGCUCGGCGUGUACUUCGCGGUGAACGCCGCGCUCUCGGUGCGGGACAAGUACUCGCCCUGCAGCGCCGACGGCAGCAAGUACGUCUUCAUGGCCAAGGCCCUGACCGGCGACUACGCGGCCGGGAGGAAGGACAUGCGGGCGCCGCCGCUCAAGGAAGCGUCCGAGGCGCCGCUGCGGUACGACAGCGUCGUGGACAACCCCGGCAAGCCGGGCAUCUUCGUCAUCUUCAACGACACGCAGGCCUACCCGCAGUACCUCAUCACCUGCCGGCACGCCACGCCGCCGGCCUGAGCCGGGGCCGGUCGCCUGCGGGCUCCGUGCGCGCGCGCGUGUGCCGGGGCUCUCCCGGCUCCGCCGCGCCGGCGUGCGGCUGCGCCCGUCCCGCGACGUGCAGCCCGGCGGGGGCCGUGCCCUCCUGCGCGAGGCCGUCG